AAAGAAGAAGGGAAGGAAAAUGGGAAAGAAGAAUAAGAAGCCAGGAAAAGGGAAAGAGAAAACCGAGAGGAAAACUGCUAAAGCUGAGGAGAAAAGGUCCCGGAGAGAAUCCAAGAAACUUUCACCUGAAGAUGAUAUUGAUGCUAUUUUGUUGAGUAUACAAAAAGAGGAAGCCAAGAAGAAGGAAGUUCAUGUUGAGGAGAAUGUUCCUAGGCCAUCUCCCAGAUCGAAUUGCUCUUUGAAUAUUAAUCCAUUAAAGGAGACAGAAUUGAUUCUUUACGGUGGUGAAUUCUACAAUGGCCAAAAGACAUUUGUAUAUGGUGAUCUAUAUCGAUAUGAUGUGGAAAAGCAAGAGUGGAAACUUGUCUCCAGCCCUAAUAGCCCCCCGCCUCGUAGUGCACAUCAAGCUGUUGCUUGGAAGAAUUAUUUAUACAUUUAUGGUGGUGAAUUUACAUCUCCUAAUCAAGAGCGGUUCCAUCACUACAAAGACUUUUGGAUGUUGGAUUUGAAAACAAAUCAAUGGGAACAACUAAAUUAUAAAGGCUGCCCUAGCCCACGUUCCGGACAUCGGAUGGUUUUGUACAAGCACAAGAUUGUAGUUUUUGGAGGUUUUUAUGACACUCUUAGAGAAGUGAGGUACUUCAAUGAUCUGCAUGUGUUUGAUCUGGAUCAGUUUAAGUGGCAAGAGAUAAAACCUAGUCCUGGAUGCAUGUGGCCAAGUGCUCGAAGUGGCUUUCAGUUUUUUGUUUAUCAAGAUGAUAUAUACUUGUAUGGUGGCUACUCAAAAGAAGUUUCAUCCGAUAAGCUCGGCUCUGAGAAAGGUAUUAUUCAUGCUGAUAUGUGGUCCCUUAAUCCCAAGACUUGGGAAUGGAAUAAGGUGAAGAAAAGCGGGAUGCCUCCUGGGCCUCGUGCUGGUUUUUCCAUGUGUGUCCACAAAAAGAGGGCUUUACUAUUUGGGGGUGUUGUGGAUAUGGAAAUGGAAGGUGAUGCCAUGAUGAGCUUGUUUCUGAAUGAACUUUAUGGUUUCCAGUUAGACACUCAGCGCUGGUACCCUUUGGAGCUGCGAAAGGAUAAGUCAACAAAGGGGAAGUUAAAGAAAAAUCAAGAUGAGAAAUGUAAUGGAGUGGCUCUUCAAAAUGAGGCGAGUGAGAUGGAAUCUGAGAAAUUUGCUGCAAGUAAUGAAGAUGAGGAUUUGGAUAGUGAUGAAGCUAAUGAUUUGGAAAGUGACAUGAGUGACAUUUCUUCUCGUAUGAAAAGAAAUGUGAACGUUGAUAACAGCGGAAUGACUACUCCAUCUGAUGAAAAGAGUCUUCAAUCUAGCUCUAAAUCUGUUGUCCAAAAUUCUGAAUUACCUGAGAUAGUGAAGCCCUGUGGACGCAUCAAUUCCUGCAUGGUUGUGGCACGAGACACGUUGUAUAUUUAUGGUGGGAUGAUGGAAGUUAGAGAUCAAGAAAUCACCCUAGAUGAUUUAUACCUACUCAAUCUCAGCAAACUUGAUGAAUGGAAGUGCAUAAUUCCGGCAUCUGAAUCUGAAUGGGUUGAAGAUUCAGAGAAUGAAGAUGAGGACGAAGAUGAAGAUAAUCCUGAAGAUGAAGAAGAUGAGAGCGGGGAUGAUAGUGGUGAGAAUGAUGAUGAAGAUGAUGAAGAGGCUAGCACUGGUGGUGCUACAUCAAUUCAAAUGGGAGAUGCUGUAGCUAUAAUUAAGGGUGAAGGGAAGAGUCUGCGUAGAAAGGAGAAAAGAGCUAGAAUAGAGCAGAUUAGAGCAAGUCUUGGCCUUUCUGAUGCACAGCGAACGCCAAUGCCUGGAGAAUCUCUGAAGGACUUCUACAAGCGUACGAACAUGUACUGGCAAAUGGCUGCAUAUGAGCAUACUCAGCACACUGGAAAGGAGCUCCGUAAGGAUGGUUUUGAUCUUGCUGAAGCUCGGUACAAGGAGCUUAAACCAAUCCUUGAUGAGCUGGCCAUCUUAGAGGCAGAGCAAAAGGCUGAAGAAGAAGCAGCAGCUGAAGCUAGCAGUUCAAAAAAGAGAGGCAACAAGAAGAAGUCCUUAACAUCCAAGUAGUCUGAACUUAACUUCUGUAGCCAAAAGAAGCCAAACAGGAUAAAAGAUCAUAAUAUAUGCCUGUUGGAAAAUUUUGUAGCCCAACUUUUAGUUACACUUUUGUUUGUGAAAAAUUAACAAUAAAAGUUUGUAGUGUCUUAACUCUUAAUGCUUGAAAACACAAGCAAUUCUUUGAGGAACAAUGGUGGUAAUUAAAUUAAGUAUACAAUUUGUAGCUAAAGCAACAAAGAUUACGGUCCUAUUAUGA